CCGCGCGUACAACUGAAGAGGGCCGAGGGAACAAAGGGAGAGUUUAGGAGACGUUCCCAUGGCAACUGCGGCGUUCUCUUCUCUUCCCUCCCUCUCCCGUCCGUCCGUCCGUAUGGACUAGGGCACAUAGCAACCGUACGGAACGCGGCGAGCCUCAAAAGAGUUUGUUGGGCAGGUGGGAGAUGAAACGCGCCUUUGCUCCAAGAUGGAGGAGCCUGGGCCAGAACAGGAGCAAGGCCCGCAGGAGGGGCAGCUACAGUCUGAAAGAGUUCUGAUUACUGAGGUGCAGGAGCCAGUACCCACAGAUGAGCCUAAAUUGCCAGUAUCCACAGAUGAGCCUAAAUUGCCAGUAUCCACAGAUGAGCCUAAAUUGCCAGUAUCCACAGAUGAGGAUAAAUCCCAUUCCAUCGAAGCAGCAUUGUCAAUGGACCAGGCAGAAGAAGAAGCUACCCAGUCGGAAGAAGAUGUUAAAUCUCUUGCUCCACCUUUGGAAACUCUUGGGUCUUUGCUCACUCAGUCUAAAAUUGAGUUCCCACGUGGUUUGGUCAGAUCGAAGGACUAUCUCAUACAGCCUCAAGGGGUGACACCUCAAGAAGAGGAACAACAGACCGUCCUACCAGCUACUACUUCUGAGGAAUUCCUAGAUGAGCCCAUGCCUAUGGUGUAUCAAGAUCCCUUUGAGGUUUCACUUAGGUACAUGGAGAAACAUAACAUUCUGCAGAUAUUUCAGGAGAUCACUGAAAACCUGGUGUAUGUGAAGCCUGAGAAUCCAUUAGAGUUCAUGCUGGACCAGGUUCAGGCUAUGAUAAAUAAUAGGAAUCUCUAUGAGACAGAGGAAGAAGAGAUGAAAAAGACGGGAUGACUGAAAGCUCAAGGAAUUCUCCUUGGACGUCCGGAUGGUGCACCAUGUUUCAACACUGCCUCCUUCAUGCUCUGUCUGUGCCAAUUUUAUAGAUUUGAACCAUGUUGAUGGUAACUGAUUUCUUCCACUCUGGGUUCAGUGCCGGGUUAUCGAGGAUGGAAACUACAUAGUUGCGUAAGAACACUGAAAGUCUCCGUGCUUUGCCUCAGUCAGUAUGUGUUUCCGAUCUGUUCAAUAUUAUGGCAGUAAUCCUAAAACUCCUUUGCACACACUGUAGGAGUGUGUAACGGUAGCUAUAACAGUAAGAGCAGAUCGACAUAUGCAGCAGAAUUGGAUAGUGCUGGAGUGACCCAUUUCAGACUGCAAGUGAGGGUUCACAUGUUGAUUACUUUGACACUAGGGGAAAAAUAAAUCUUAUCUGUAUAUAGAAAACCAGGAUUUCAAGAAGGAGAAUUCUAAUGUAUCCUUCUCUCAGUGAUACCAGUUUGAUAUGUGUGAGAAGAGUUUUGUUUUUUCAUAGAGGAACGUUAAAGCAUGUGAUCCACACUUGCAGAUUGAAGUAGUAAACUCAAGGAAAUGUGUCACUUGAUUCAGUUGCAUGUGCUUGAUCAGCUGGAAAACUUGCAAAUAAUUGGUCUCAAGAUCAAUAUGUAAGUCUCCAACAAUCAAGCGAUUUGGCUUCCUAACAUUUGACUUGAUUACCCCAUCAGUUAAGUAAAAGUACUUAGAUUUAGGACUACUUAGUUCUGCUAGUAUCAAUGGUCUACACUGGUUUAAACUGCAGUACUUCGGUUUAACUAGGUUGGGAAUUAGGUGUGAUCACAUGACAACGUUACUAAGUGAAUCCUUAAUCAUUAAAAUCAGCCUUUGACUAACUUUGAGUUAAACUUAAAGUUUAGGUGGGAGAGCUUAUUUGGAACUCUGCAUGGAAAAAUUAUUUGCAAUCUCUUAAUCUAUUUUUAGAGCAUUCUAAAUGAGAAUCUUUUUAUCUGAUUCACUUCAAUAUUACCACCAAAAACACAAUCUACCUCAGGACAAAAUGCAACUAACUAACUUGGAAAUGCUUUUUUGUAGUAUAAGUUGGUGAAAGAAAACUGAACUUAAAAUGGAUGCUUACUUGCAGUUGUGACCAUGGAAUGGUCAAAGCUAACUUGUAAAAUAUUCCCACAUUCUGGAAAUUUGGGGAGCAGCGAAGAGGCCUACUGAUUCUUUGAAAUAAGUGGACAAGCAACCAGAAGACCAAUCUGUGGCCCUCCAGAUGUUGUCGGGCUCAAACCCCCAUCAUCCCUGACCGUUGGCCAUGAUCGGGCUGAUGAGGGUUAGAGUCCAACAGCAUCUGGAGGGGCACAGGCUGUCCACCCCUGACUUAAGGAGUCUCUUAUGAAUAUCAGAGCCUUUGAGAAUCCAACUAAAUUCAAGGUACUUCAGUUUUUCACUUCUGCUGAUGAGAGUCAUGCUCCAGAGACAUCUUUGUAUUUCUGUGUUUGCUGAAUGAUACGGUUUUUCCAAUGUAUUCACAAUGUGCAGGUAGAAAAAAACAGCAUGCUUUCAGAUGUUGUUUUUGUUAGUUCCUGGGCCAAGAAAUGGUGGAUUGGUUUUUGCUGAAUUUUUUAUGAAAUUUAGGAAUGGUUCUGUCUUCUUAAACAAUGCCGAAUUGUGAUAUGUGUUCAGCCACUGAUCAUGUGCUCUGAUUCUACUGAAUAAAUUUCCUUUGCUACA